GCACGUCCACUUUCGCCGGCAGCAGGAUGAUGAAGACGAGGAGGAGCAGGAUGAAGAGGAGGAGGGUUCGGCCGAAUGGCAGCUUUCCCCCGCAGAUGUUCUUCUCACCUGCACUUGAACGCAACACAAGUUACCUUGCUUACAGCGCUAGCCUGCAAAAUUAAAAUUCACGUCAAUCGGGUCAUGGUUUCGCUUUUAGGGGCUGCUUUGCUUCUGGUUGUGGAUCUGGAUCAUCAUCAUCAUCAUCACCACCAUUCAGGGCCCAUGCUGGCUCUCAGGGGGACCUGCUCACCCCAGAGCGAGGAUUUUUGUCAGUAAGUGUUUGUGGCUCGUCUUGAAGAUGGAAUAUGCUGUCUCCUAAAGUCCAACACGCUGCUGGACGCCAAUGAUGGCAACAUGUUGGACCUCUGACGCGCCGGACAUGUUCCUGUGGACCACUGAGGCGGGUGUGGAUGCUUGAGAUUGCUUUGAAGAGAACACUGAGCUUUGAUUUAUUUGCUGCUGUUGUUGUUUUUUAAGAACAUCAUUUAUUGUAAUUGCAUAAAAUAAAGUAUGGAGCACACCGGCAUCGAGGAGGUGAACCAAACCCACCAGCAGCAGCACGAGCCCAUCAGCUUCGGGAUCGACCAGAUCCUCAACAGUUCGGACCAGUCCAGCGGCUGCAUGCUCCCGAACAGGACCGGCGAGACGGACUACUCGCUGGCCGCCUCCAACGUCUACAGCAACGGCUACAACGGCGUCUACAACCCGGCCUGCUCCAUGGGCCUGGCCGGCUCCUACAACGUCAACAUGAACAUGAACGUCAGCAUGAACAUGAACGUCAACGUCAACUCGGCCGGCGCCGGCGGGGUGAUCCGGGUUCCGGCUCACAGGCCCAUGCCGCCCCCAACGGCUCCCACGGCCGCCGCCGCCGCCGCCGCCCCCCAUCAGCCGCCCUCGGCGCACCAGGCCGGCAUCGGGCCUGCGGGUAUACCUCCGGUUCCCGGCAUGGGGCCGAUGGGUAAUGCCAAUUUCACCUUCCCGUGGAUGGAGAGCAGCAGGAGGUUUGCAAAGGACAGAUUAACAGGGGAGCAGGCAGAGGAGAGCCGAGCACGAGAGGCCGCAGGGGGGGCGGGGGCGGCCGGGCCCCUCUGCCCUCUCCCCAAGGGAGACAUCGGCAGGGUCCCCGUCUGGAGCACGGUGGAGACUUUAACUAAAUGCUAUUACCCCGAGCUCGCUCACCUGCGAGACGGCAAUGGCCUUCUUGCAGACUAUUCUUUCCCAAAGGGGGCUUGCCCAGCUGCCCUGUCGCCCUUCUCGGUGACACGCCGCAUCGGCCACCCGUACCAGAACCGGACGCCCCCCAAGAGGAAAAAGCCUCGCACUUCCUUCAGUCGGGUGCAGAUCUGCGAGCUGGAGAAGCGCUUCCACCGCCAAAAGUACCUGGCGUCGGCCGAGCGUGCCACCUUGGCCAAGGCCCUCAAGAUGACGGACGCGCAGGUCAAGACGUGGUUCCAGAACAGGCGGACAAAAUGGCGGCGACAGACAGCGGAGGAGAGGGAGGCGGAGAGGCAGCAGGCCAACCGGCUCAUGCUGCAGCUCCAGCAGGAAGCCUUCCAAAAGACGCUGAGCCAGCCUCUGCAGCCGGACCCGCUCUGCCUGCACAACUCCUCCCUGUACGCCCUGCAGAACCUGCAGCCCUGGGCCGAAGACAAUAAGCUGACGGUCUAAAAAAGGGAGGACGGGCGCUUUAUCCCUAAGUGCCGCACACCUAACUAAUGGACACCUGUGUACAUGCCCACCUAUCAAGACUGAAACCCUCCCUCUUCCCUUUUUACUCCUGGGACCUUCAAAGAGGACGCAGAGACUUUCUGCCCAUAUCUGCAAAAAAUUAUAUUAAAAAAAAAAAAAAAAAAAAAAAGGCCUGGUUUCUCCCUUUUGACUUUGUACAAUGUAGUAAAUGCAUGUUUAAGUCCUUUUCUGUAUGCUGCUGUCAAGGCGCCACGCUGCCACGGUGGACGGGUGGUACUCCUCAUCACGGACUCCUCAUGAUGGUCCAUUUAAAGUGUUUUAUAUUAAAUCAUAUUGUGACUUUUUUUCCAAAGGCUUUUUCUUGCCUCCUUGUGUUUUAUUUGCUUCUUACACAACCUUGAAACAGCCCUCGGUGGAGUGAAGACCUCCGCCAAGGCCAAACACUCCUUAUUUGCAUCAUCCUUCACAGAUAACCGCCUCCUGCAUGUAGCACAACUUUGUCAUCAAGGCUUGCCUUCACACUUGUGAUUCAGUGCACAGGUCCGGCUCACGCUGCUAUUUUUGUCAUGUGACCAAAGGCAAAGAACAUAAAGCCAGGACUUGGCUGGACAGCUUUUGUGACAUAUUGCGAAACAUAACUCA